CCAAACCCGAGCAAUUUACCAUGAAACAGUCGUCUCACAGAAGUUUUCCACCCCCCACCAAACAAUGAGAAACCCGUCAGAACCCAGUUCGCCAUAUUACACAUUUCACAUAAAUAAGGUUCCAUUAAUCAGCUUUCUUGUCCAGGGGGCUUAACUUCUUCGAGUUUUCUUCUGUUGUUUCGGAGCAAACAUGGGCAAGAAACUGGAUGCUCUGCUCGGAAGAAACUCAAAGAGCGUGAAGGUCAAGCCUCUGGCUGACCUCGCCAUAGCUCGGAUCAAGAUUCUCAAGAACCAGCGCCAUGUCCGCUGCUCCCACGCCCGCUCUGAUGUCGUUCAGCUACUCAGUCUCGGUCACCAGGAUCGUGCUCUCCUCCGCGUUGAGUAUGUGAUCAAGGAGCAGAACAUGUUGGACGUGUUUUCCAUGGUAGAAAACUACUGCCAUCUCCUGCUAGAUCGGUUCGUGCUUGUUCGGAACAACAGAGAAUGCCCCGAGGAGCUCAAGGAAGCCAUGUCAAGCUUGAUCUUCGCAUCUUCAAGAUGUGGAGAGCUCCCAGAGAUCAAAGAGAUGCGAGGAAUCUUCGCAUCCAAAUAUGGGAGCGAAUUCGUGGCCCGUGCUGUUGAACUAAGAAACAACUGUGGAGUAAAUCCUAAGAUGGUGCAGAAGCUCUCCACUAGACAAGAAAGCUUGGAAAGCCGGCAAGGAUUGCUUAAGCAAAUUGCAGCCGAGAAUGGGAUUGCUCUCCAUUUUGAGGAAGACGGUUACCCUACUGUUGAGGAAAAAGAUGAUAUCAAUAACAAGAAGCGGCAGCUUCAGCCUAGUGAAGCUGCUAACGUUAACAUUCCUACGCUUGGCAUUUACAGCAGCGAUUUUUCCGAGGAGAUAGCAUGGAAUGAGAAACUAUCGGAAUCCAUUAAAGCUAGGAAGUUCAGGGAUGUAGCGCAUGCAGCCCAAGUGGCUUUUGAAUCCGCAGCUUAUGCAGCAGCAGCUGCAAGAGCUGCUGUCGAACUAUCUAGAUCUGAAUCACAGGACAAAGGCCCUGAUGAUCAUGAUGGUUCCAGCCAUAAGCAUGAAACUAUACUAGUUUCUGGCAGGUCAUCAAAAUCUAAACUAGAAAUUGAUGGGGAUGAAUGUUCAGAAGACAUCAAACCAUCAAACAAAGCAUGGGGCUUUGACAAGAACCAUUCCAUGCAUAGCUUUGGCUCUGAGUCAGAAGGUGAAGACGUGGAUCAAAACAGAAGAAAUCCUGAAAAACUGCAAUGGAGCAACAAGAAAGCGGGACUAGGGAAAAUAUUGUGCAGUUCAAGUUCAGAUUCAGACACUGGCAAUCAAUAUGAUGGGAAAGUAACUUCCAAUCCAGAUCAGACUGCUGCAACUGGUGAGAAAAUAGCUUUUGAUGAAAGUGAUGGUGAGAUCACCGGGAAGAAUCAAGACACCAUACUAUCGAUAAAGCAUCAUCACUCGCAUUCAGAUACAAAGUCUAACUCACCCAUAAACAAAUCCCGUACAACCACAAGAAAGAAGAUCUAGGGUUGAGAACACACAUUACUCAAGGGCCGAAAAGCAGCUGAGUAAUCAUGGCUUCACGCACAGAUAGGAAGCAAGGUUUAAUGCUUUAUAGGCAAGUACACAGAGGUUAACACAGGAGUUUUCUUUCAUGAAAUAAUUUACAUACAAUAGUAUUGAGUUUAUGCGUGAUUCUUUUUCUUCAGUGAUAAGUUGGUAUAGCUUAUCCCAUGUACAUAUAUAUACAUGAAAUAAUGUACUAAUAAAAAGAUUUAUCCAUGUGACGAAGCUUACCCUUGCUCCUUUGCCACAAGAAGGUCUGGUUUAAGUUGCACAAGCAACCUCUAUGCAAAGCAAAGGUUAGAUUUCAUAGAAAACCAACCCCUUGCUCCUUUGCCACUAGAAGGUCUAGGGUUUAAGUUGCGCAAACAAUCUCUAUGCAAAACAAAGGUAAGAUUUCAUAGAAAACCAACCCUCGCAAAGCAAGAAACCUUGUUCAUUAAGGAUGUUGGAGAGGCUGAACAGUACCCUUCGGAUCUUCUCAAAUUACUAGAGAUUUCACUAUUUUUCUUCUCACUCAAAACCAGACAUGCAGUGAAAUGUAACAUCUUAGUCACAAAGACAUGUUAAUAAGUCAUCCAGGCAGAGGGGAGCUUAGGUUCAUAAUAUUAGAACCGCCAAUCUUUUGGCAUUUCCCAUGUGCGUGGAACAGUAUAGCAAAUGGGUUUUUGUUCAGAAGAUUUUUCAUCCCUAUUCUCACUAAUUUGAUUCUUUCUUUUUUGGCUGAGUAAGAUUUGAGUGUUCACUUCAUUUCAGGAUAAGUUAACUCUCCACAAUGUGAUCUUACUCCCCAAGUAUUCUGCCAUACCAAUAGGAAAGCUAAACAACAAUUGCACAACAGUAGAUAUGUUAAGAGUCUAAAACUACGUAGGAGGGCCGCAUUUGCUCCUAAUAAUAUAAUACAAUCUUAAUAUCAUUCCUCUCUGAACUUUGGAUUACAAUUUCUCUUGGUCUCCUGAAUCAUCCAAUCACAAUUACUCAAAGAUAAGAAUGAGCCAAGGGUGCAACUGGUGGAAACAGAUGGCAAUAUCUCAGAGAUAUGGGCAAGAUAACAUCUCCACAUAAUUAUUCUGUAGACACAGAACAACAUAUAUUUAUGAAGAAAAAUGUUUGAAAAUCCUAGAUAGUUGCACUAUACCUGGCCAGUUAUAGUAGAUGGGUAAUGUCAAAAAGAUUAUGCAACUUCAUUGCUCUAACUAGUAGAAGGGAUAACAGUUGUGUAGCAUGCAUAACCAUCUGAGACCAGCACCCUCAAUUUUGAGGACCAGUGCUGGGACUGCCCUUGUUUCAUUGUUCAAAUCACUAUCAUAUAAAAAAGAUGAAGUGAUGCCCAAAUAUCCACCUAAAAUCAUGUCAUUUUGUUUGGUUUUCUUAAUCAACGCGUAAAGGAGGAUGUUUUGUCCUACAAGUCAUAUUAGGAAUUUUCAAAUCCUCACUUCAUUAUCCAAGUUUCUAUUUCAGUUCAGGAAAAGUUCAACCUUUGAGUUCAUGGAAAGUUAAACCUACAUUAUCCAAACUUGGUGGUCAUAAUAUUCUGCCCAGAAGAAGGUAGGGAAGUUAAACAACAAUUUCGUAACACCAAAACAUAUAAGAGAGUCUAAAACCUCCUUUUAAGUUGCUGUAUUAGUUAUCCUGAUAAUUAAAUAUAAACUAGAUUUGAUAUCAUUUCCCUCUUUAAACUUCUGUUUUCAGUUUCUCUUGGUCUCUCAAAACAGCUAACCACAAUUACUCAAGGUUGAUUUUGUUGAACAAUUUUGAGUUUGGAAACAUCUAAUGGAACUGCAUGCAUAGUCACAAUUAUUCUAACAAAGUGUACUACAUUCCACUGCUGAUCUCAAGAUAGUUAAUGAGCCAAAGGUGCAAAGGAAGAAAACAGAUGGCACAAUAUAUCAGAGAUAUUUCACAAGAUAACAUCAACAAACAAGUAACUUCUGGUCAGAAAGUCACAUCUAUUUAUUGUCAGGUCCCUAGGGUUUCAGUAGGAUGUAGCAAUUUAAUUCGCAUAUCAGCUGUAGCAUAUUAAUUCUGUAGAGAGCAGUUACAACUUGUAACUGAAUUGUAACAGUUGAUUGAUUAGCUAUACAUAUAGCUAAUAAAUCUGUUUGGAGGCAUUGAAUGAAAAUACUAAAUUUCAGUUUCUCAAAUU